GCGCCGCCCCCGCCGCCCCCCGCCGCCCCAUGGGCCGCAGCUGAUCGUCGCCCGGCUGCCGGCCGCGCCCCGGGCAGGAGCGAGGCGGGCGGAGCGACCCGGUCGGCGUCCACCCUCCCCCCUCCUCCCCCGCCGUCCCGCUCCCCACCCCCCCCCGCCGCGGCCCCGGAGCCCUCGGCGGCCCCCGCCGGGGGUGACGGCGGCGGCGGACUCGGGGCGCCCUCGCCCCUGCGGGCCCAGCGGGGGGAGGAUGCCUGGGGCGGGGAUGGGUUUUCUCCCGUAGCUCCCCGCGCCCCCCCGCUUCCUUCCGCCCCCUCUCGCUUCCCAGCGGCGGCGGGGGCGGCGCGGCCCCGUUCCCCACGGGGGGCUGUCGCUCGGCUCCCUCCGGCCCGGCGGUGCCCACAUGGGGGGCAAGCAGAGCACGGCGACCCGCUCGCGGGGCCCCUUCCCGGGGGUGUCGACGGAUGACAGCGCCGUGCCGCCGCCGGGAGGAGGGGGGGGGCCGCCCCCCUUCGGCCAUUACCGGGCGGGCGGCGGCGGCGGCGCCAUGGGGCUGCGCAGCCGCUCCGUCAGCUCGGUGGCCGGGAUGGGCAUGGACCCGGCGGCGGCCGGCGCUGUCCCCUUCGGGCUGUACGCGGCGGCGGCGCGAGCGGCGGGGGAGACCGAGCGGGCCCCGGGCGGCGGCGGUGGCGGCGGCGGUCCGGGCUCCGACUCCACGUACGCCCAUGGCAACGGUUACCAGGAGACGGGAGGCGGUCACCAUAGAGACGGGAUGCUGUACCUGGGCGCCAGGGCCUCGCUGGCCGACGCGCUGCCCCUCCACAUCGCACCGCGGUGGUUCAGCUCGCACAGCGGGAUUUUCCCAGGCACGUCUGCCAUCCCUGCGAGCAAUGUAACGGCUCCAGCGCCACCUGAACCUGCUCUGGGAUUUCCCUGUCUGCCCAGGGUUUCUGAGAUCUGUUUCCUUGCCUGCAUGGGUGGAAAAUGGCAAAACAUCUUUUGCAACUUUGGAGUUUGCUUGUAGCACUUGACCACUCUUUCUCUGUAGCUUCAGACCAUUAGGACUUCUUGGAAAAGCCAAGGCUAGUGGGAAGAAGGGAGAAAAAGGAGAUGUGGUUUAGUGCUGUAUGUCUCCAGCUUUGUGUGGUUCUCUUACUAUCACUCAUGUUAUUCAUCUUCAUCAGAGGAUCUCAGGGAGUUUGCAGAGGCUGUAAGUAGCUUAAAGUUUAUCUGGAAAUCCCCCUCAUCACCUAAAGCCCUUGAGUGUUUGAAGCUCUAAUAAAUCCAUAUCUCCUUGUCUGCCCAAGGAAAUGCCUAGCUCAUCCUUCUGCGCGGUGCCAUCAGGAAUGUCGCAGGCUUUCUGUGCGCUGACGGAACAACCUGUUUGUCCUGACUGCUGGCAGCAGCAAGGUCGGGAGGUCUCCUCUGCCAAGAGAGCUGCUGUGUUCUCAGCAGCAGGAGGGCCCAGCCUGGGGGAGAGGGGUGUCCGGUGCCAGGAUGCUGGGCUGGUUCCUUCUCCAGGCAGGGUUAGAGUGAAACAAGCUGGAGGUGCUCUUUGAUCCAGCUCUGGAGUCAGGAAUGUGAAGUAGGGAUUGCUUGUUGGAGGAUGAACUGAAAGUGUGUGUGAACACCUGGGUUGGGCAGCCCCGAUCUCUGCCCAGCUGGGAAGAGGCAAGUCUGUGGCAUGUCCUUGCUGUGCUCCGACAGCUUCAAGUCCUGAGCCUUUUCUCAAUGGUGCUUGGCAAUCCUCACUCCCAAGCUUGCCCUGACAUUGUAAUCUCUACACCAAAACCUUAAGCUGGGCUUAAUUCUAGCUGGCUAGUCAGUGAGCUGCUGGAGGGAGUCCUCUUUCCACCACUGACUUUCCUGCCACCAACUUUUCAACACGCAGACAUCACGCAUGCUUCCCUCCCCCCUCUACAGGGGCUAGGCCAGGGGAAGGGCACCCCAAGGCCUGCAGGAACUUGCCAUUGUUGAAUCUGGUUUUGUCAGCGGAAAUUUCCAAAGGAGACCGUCCUCAAAUCAUCUUCUUGUGGGUUUGGUGCUGAUGACUGCCUGACAGCCAAGUCUGGAACCUGCAGCAUUCCCAGGCCUGCGGAGAUGGCACAGGAAUGGUCUCGGUGACUCCCCGGGUCAGAGAUAUUCAGCACUGGACUUUUCAGGUCUGAAGAGGUUCAUCUUCUGCUUGUACCUUCUCCGAGCUGGCCACAGGACAGCAUACCCCCAGGGCUGGGGGAAGAGCAGCAGCUACCUUGGAAGAACAAAGUACCAAAUACCAGAAGAUGGGAGACUCGAGGGCAGCUUUGCUGCGUCCCAGCCCCACAGCCUGGAGAUGAAGUUUGAGUGUGACAACGUUGGCGUUGUGCGUGAGAAGCCGGCAGCAGCAGAGGUUAUCUUCAGUCCCCACAGCGAGAGCUAGCGCAGGCCGUCACUGCGCUGCCUUGCCACUCCGGUGUCCUCUGAAAUCUCUCAGCCGCCUUGCCCUGGAGUGACGCACUAAUUGCUGCAUGUGCUAAUUGGCUUGGCCGGGCUCGCUCCUCUCUGGCCCUGUGCAUAAAUCAGCACAAGGGAGCUGGGGUGCCCUCUCCCCCCUCUGCACACGUACGCUCCAGAGAUGCUGAGAAUGAUGAUCUCGUGCUCCCAGGGCUGACCCACUUACCAGCCAGGAUUGUCUUCCUGGCCUGUGACGUAAGUUUAUCCCAUGCUGGUUUGUUUUGCUGAGAUGUUUGUUUCGGUGACUGGAAUAACCGUAAAGGCUUCUCUUAUUUAUUAAUGUGCUAUUAGGGCUCCUAUCAUCUCUCUCUCGUUCGCUGGCCAGAGGAUCAAUCAGAUGCAGGCAUCUUUGAAGGAGUGGUACCAGGGCUGGCGCCUGGCCAAGGGAGCUGCAGAGAGUCAUGGGAAAAUGCUGCUAAAUGCCGAAAAUUAAUUUCAAGAGAAAUGCGGGGAGGGAGAAAAACCCACUCUGGGGAAAAAAAAAAAAAAAAAACAGCUUUUUUUUCCUCCGAUGUAAUCUCCCGUGUGA